AAGAACUACGCCUCAAAUUACAUAAUCGACGGUUAAAGAAGAGGAAAAACUUUGAGAAAAAGCCGAAAGCAAGGAAAUGGGGAAACAGCCGGUGAAGAUGAGGGCGGUGGUAUACGCGUUGUCUCCGUUCCAGCAGAAGAUAAUGAGUGGGCUGUGGAAGGAUCUGCCGGGCAAGAUCUCCCACAAGGUCUCCGAGAAUUGGAUCAGCGCUACUCUUCUCCUCGCCCCUCUCGUUGGAACCUACACAUAUGUCCAGAACUUCAAAGAAAAGGAGAAAUUGGAACACAGGUAUUGAAACCACAAGAAGCCUCAAUUUUAUGAGAAUAACUCUGAGCUUUUUCAUUUUAGACCCAACCUUUUGAGGUAGGGUGCAAUGGUGACCAGUGUUCUUUGAUUGGGAUUUGACUAAUAUCCAACUGUUGAGUCGUGUUUUGUUAUUGAUAUGGAAUAAAUGAAUUUGGAUCAUUUUCGG